AUGGAUGAAGAAUUAAAUGUAACAUAUUUAAUUCUUGACGGAUAUGUGGAAGUUCACAAAUACAGGUAUCUUUAUUUUAUGGUUGUUUUUACUGUAUAUAUUCUAAUAAUCUGCAGUAAUUCUACUAUUGUGUACCUGAUCUGGAACCACCAAGACCUUCAUGAGCCUAUGUACAUUUUCAUUGCAGCCUUGUUACUGAACUCUGUUCUUUUCAGCACUAAUAUCUACCCAAAGUUGUUAGUUGACUUUUUAUCUGGAAAACAGAUCAUUUCUUAUCAAGCCUGUCUGGUUCAAUACUUUAUGUUUUAUGCUUUAGGUGGUUCAGAGUUCUUACUGUUGGCAGCCAUGGCCUAUGACAGAUAUGUGUCUAUAUGUAAACCUCUGCAAUAUCCAACUAUCAUGACAAAAAAAGCUAUCAUUAUGUUACUGGCUUUAUCUUGGCUUGCACCUGCAUUUCAGGUUAUGGGAGGAGUACUAAUGAGGACUAAUCAAAAACUCUGUAGCUUUACUUUGAAAGUCAUUUUUUGCAAUAACUCAAUUUACAAACUUCAGUGUGUGCCUUCAACAGCAAUAACUAUAUACGGUGUGUUCAUUUUGCUAAAUGUUGCAUAUUUUCCUUUGCUCUUUAUACUUUCUACAUAUGCAAAAAUAUACAUUAUAGCCUGUCGAACUUGCAAAGAAGUCAGAAAAAAAGCUAUAGAGACUUGUUUACCUCAUCUGCUGGUUUUAAUCAACUUUUCAUUGCUCUGCACAUAUGACAUUAUUGUAGUUCGACUUGAAUCUAGUAUUCCCAAAACUGCCCAUUUAAUAAUGACUUUACAGUUAAUCUUGUACCAUCCUCUCUUUAAUCCAGUCAUUUAUGGAUUAAAAAUGAAAGAAAUUUAUAAACACCUCAAGCAAAUGUUGCAUCUAGAGAAAAUGAACUAA